UAGAAAAUGGUGGCGAUUUUCCAAGAAGCCAAACCGAAGCUCCUCAAGUUGUACGCGAAGUAUGCGCAAGAACAUGCUCCGAAGCCGUCUCUUCGGAAUAAAAGCGACAGCCCGGAGGGAGAAGACGCUUCGGUUGUCACGCCUCAGCCAAUUUCGUCUACGUGGCCCCUACUGCUCUCAGCGGUAGGUUUAAGAAGCAUGUUGUACGACUGCGGCAUGUUCUGCUCCGGCACAACUGAGCAACAGGAAGCGCUAUUCAAUCGUGCUGUGGAGCAAAGUUUCUCGGGAAUGCGUGAGCUGGAGCGUAUUGAAGAUCGGAUGAUUGUCUUCAGUGAGUUCCUCGAGAUCACCGCUCGUGUUGCAUUAGCCGUACUCGAAAGCGAAAACGAGCUGCCACCUCGAGAUGCCAUCAAACUCGCGCUCGAAGCUUUGCGGAGCCUGCCCCUCAAGUCUGAACCUUCCAAAGCGAGGAAGUAGACAGGAUAUCUUUCAACUGGAUACCUUGCGAACAGCGUGUUCAAUGACUCAUCAGAGCUUACACGUCCUGUUUGCUUCAGUAAUGGCCGCGAAUAAGAUUGUAUAUCACUUCAACUUAAGCUUUUAGGUACAUGCCAAGCAACAACAAACUCGAACAAAUAACAAUUGAAACAACUAAA